AUGCACAUAUCUCACAUAGUUUGUUUUCCUUUUGUACCCGCUUUGGAUUCAGUGGAUUUGAACCCGGACCCACUGAAGACCCUGCGAACCAUCUCACAACUUCGAAAGAGUGAAAUGGCAUCAAGUUCAAUGUCAGCCUCAGGCUCAUGGAGUGUUAAGGACAACAAGGCCUUUGAGAAGGCUCUUGCUGUUUAUGACAAGGACACUCCUGACCGUUGGUACAAUGUUGCCCAUGCUGUCGGUGGCAAAACUCCUGAGGAAGUGAAGAGACACUAUGAACUCCUCGUCCAGGAUGUUAAGCAUAUCGAGUCAGGUCGAGUGCCAUUCCCAAAUUACAAGAAAACUGCAGGGGCUGAUCAUGAGGAGAAAAGGUAUCAUUCCUUCCAAUUAUAG